AUAUUCGUGAUGAAUAUUAAAAUUAACGUUAUGUUUUUUCUUUGAUUGUUUUGGGGGGCUGUGUUAAAAGCCAAUAGUUUGUACACGUUUCAAAUGCUUGUAUAAUCCUUCCCAUGUUAAAAAAAAACUAUUUAUUGUUAUUGGUGCUUAGCAACGCCGAAAGUUUUUCAAUGAUUUUCAUUGUGUUCUAAUUGAGUUAAUAUAAUGCACGUAAUAUGACCUAUUAUAAAUAUCUAUUCGACCAUUGAUUGAGAUCCAAUUGGAUGACAUAGUAAGUAUUGAUCGAGUCGUGGAUUUGUUACUCAUUCGCUCGAUUGAUUCAAGGAAACAAUUUUUAAUGCUUUUAACAUGGUGUAACGAGGUGGAAAUAAAUAACUUAUACAGAGCUCAUUACUUACAAGGAUUGUUUUAAACACAACAAGAAGAUUUGUAUACUUAGUUUAUGAAUAUUUUUUCUCACUUAAAAGAAUUGUUCGAACAGUUCGCAGCGAUGAUUCGUAUAUUCAACGUUCGGUUGAGUCAAUCCUUUCAGAAGUUGUUUAUAUUCGUCGUGGGUGUUUUUGUAAUGUUGAUUUUGGUUGUACGUGUCGUAGAUGAUAGAUACAGGAUCGCGAUGAGCGUAACGCAGAAAAAUACACUCCUGACUGGUAGCCAAUCAAAACAGUCGUCAGAGAAUUCUCUUUUAAAAACAAAACGUCAUAUAUUAAGUAUUGUAAGAAAUAGGUCGGACCAACAUUUAAAAUAUGCAGCUAAUGUACAUUUUUGGGAUUAUGUAUGUGGUUACAACGUGGAAGACUUGCGGAGUCAUCCGUUAUUCCCGUAUUCGCCUUUUCGGAGGGAUGUUACUGAGUCUUUGUUUAUCAAAUUAUCUGACACACAAUUCGGAGCACGUGUUUUUGGGUAUAUAACACCACCUGCUGAUGGCUUUUAUAAGUUUGCCGUUAGUUCCGAUGAUUGUUCUGAGUUAUGGCUUAGCACCAAUGCAGAUCCUUUAAAUUCACAAUUAAUUGCUUCGGUCACCGGAAAAACAGGCAAAGAAUGGUCUUACGAGAAUCAAUUCGACAAAUAUCCGCAACAAAGUUCCCUAGAAAUCAAACUGGUAGGAGGUCGGAAAUAUUUUUUCGAUGUGUUGUGGAAGCAAGAGCGAGCACGAGGCCAUCUGCAAAUAGUGUGGCGAAAGCCGUUCAGCAGUCGUUACGAAGAGAUCACAAAGCAGUAUCUUACUCGUUACUAUGACGACAGCUUUAUCGAGAACGGUCUCGUUUACCUUGAUCACCUAAAAAGCGACCUUAGAUUGCCUGAUUUACCAAGUCACGUCAAGGAGUUUACCAAGCAGCAGGAGAAAUUACUCAAGGCGAGAAAAACGCCGUAUCAAAGAGACAGUGCCGAGUUUUUAUCUUUGCCGCAUAUCGAUUUUAAAGAAAUAUCAGACGUGGUCUCCUUUUGCGAUUACAGUCCAAGCUGGUUAAUACCAGCCAACAGUGAAAAGGCUAAAAAUUUGGGACAAUACGAAGGAGUGCACUUGCCACAUUAUUACAACAUUUCAACAAAAGUCUUUCCUAUGGAUCAAACUUGGAAUCAUACUAAAGAUUGCGUAGGAGUGUCUCUAAAACCUAUGCAUUGUCAAGGAAAUGACGCGUUGGACGACACUCCUGCAGCAUGGGUAACAAAUAAGUUCAUGAGUGCUCUGAAAAGAUUUUAUCCCAACCGCUUCGAUUUGCACACGGUGGUAAAUGUGGAAGAAGCGAAAGACGAAGGAAAGGGUGAUCGCUACUUAUUUGAAGCAGCAAUUGAGGACUUUCAAACAAAAAGCAUUCGUAGACUCUCUGUGUAUUUAUUCAAGCCAUAUGGAACAAAUAGGUUAUGUUACCCAAGGAAUUUCCAAUGGAAAAAAGAUGUAAUGGUACAUUUCAUACUAACAGUGAAAAACCAAGGCUCCUGGGUUCAACAGUAUAUCGAAUCUUUAUCGAGGAUCUACGUUAAAACGCGAGAUAACCGCUUUAAUUUAAUCAUCACCGAUUUUGAGAGUUUCGAUAUCAACCUCGAAGAAACAUUGAAGAAAAGUCCGAUACCACAUUGGCAGGUAAUUCGUAAGACAGGAAGAUUCCAUAAAACUUCUGCCAUUCAAGAAGCUGUUGAUUCAAUCAAAGAUCCAAACAGUAUAGCGCUUCAAACAGAUCUUCAUUUAGAGUUUCCUCUUAAUUUUAUUGAUGAUACGAGAAAGCACUGUGUUCAAGGUAAAAUGGGUUACACACCGCUGUUGAUGCGUCUUGCUUGUGGUCGAUACAGCCAUAAACCCGCUGGCUUCUGGGAGGCUUUCGGAUACGGUAUAUUUGGUAUUUACAAAAGUGAUUGGGAUGACAUGGGAGGUAUGGAUAUGGAAAAGUUUAAAAACGCGUGGGGCGGCGAAGAUUGGGAUUUUGCCGAUCGAGUCAUUAAGAGUGGGAUAGAAAUUGAACGACUGCGUGUGCCCUACUUCUUCCACUAUUUUCACACGAAGAAGGGGAUGUGGGAUAACAAGUAUUAACUAAGUAAGAAAAAAAAAGAAAAUGAAAAGAGGAGUGUCUAGCUCAAUGCUGUACAAAGAGGGACACAUCGAGCCGUGUAUGGCGGAUGUUAGAAAAAAAGGAGCUGAUGCAUUUGAUGGAUCACUGAAGCUAUAGCAAGCUUUGCCUGUUCUUUCCAUGUUGGUUCCAUUACGGCAGUCUUUAUCGGCGUUUCAUGUGUCGAAGAUGGCGUCCACAUUGUGAUAAGAAGUAGCUGCAAGGCGCAAAUAAAAAUAAAAUUUCUAAUUUUUAGUGCACCCUGGGUGCUUUUUUAAUUUUGCGAUCUUGAGGCGCUUAAUGGAAUACUGGGCGCUUAUUAAGAAUAGUUGGUUUAUUUAUUUAUUUAUUUGUUUCUAUUUCUAUAACGUAUAUUACAAACACUAAGCCAUUACGCCCUACUGGUCAUCAUUUUGUUUUCACUGUCAUCGAGGAGUAUAAAAAUCUAGCGAUGUCUUUAUCGCUUCUUCUAUGACAAACAAAAGAUGAAAUAAUAGAGAUUUUGUUACAGCUACAAUAGAAUUCAAAUCAUUUUAGAUUCCACUAACUAGUUUAAAAAGGGCGCUCGUUCGGACUGAGUGGUUAUUUAAGCACUGGGCGCUUAGGUCAUUUACGUUAAAAGCCACCCCCCCCCCCCCUCCUGUUUAAUUUCUAAGUCUUUUUAACUAUUUAUAGGAUAUUAUAUAUAAAAAUAAUAUUAGUACGUUUCCUAUUGUUUUUUUUUGUUGUUGCUUUAGUAUUUGCUCGUCUCCUUAUUUUUGGAUGGGAAUUUUUUUGCCGAUCUUGUUCAUGAGUGUUUCACGAGAGAGUUAAACAAGUGCAUGUAUUUUUUAUAUUAUUUUUGACAAAUAUGUUUUUCUUUAUAUUUAUUUAAUAUUUUUUAAGGGACUGAAAUAUUUGAAGAUGCCUAUAUAUAUUUUUCAUUUUGUAUUUAUUGUUUGUUUCGUGAAAAUGGAAAAUUUUGUGUCAGUUAA